AUGAGUGCGAGUAGAACCAAAGUUACUGCAACUAUCAACAACGUCGUCAGCGUUAAUCAUAUACAACAAAUCGUAGAAGUUCUCCAAACAUCUAAGUUUUCGGCUUAUGUUGACGAGACAACUGAUAAUACAAACGACAAAUGGAUGACGUUGAUGACUCUCUAUGUUGAUCCAGAUUCUUUGAUUAUACGGACUGAGUUAAAACAAUUAAUUCACGUUGAUGCCACCGACUGUUGCGCUACGAAACUUCUUGAGGAAUUUACAAAUAGUUUGGAACAGAAUAAAAUUCCACUGGAUUAUUUAAUUAGACUUGCUCGUGAUAAUGCACCGGUCAUGGUUGACAUAAUUAAUUCGUUCCAGAAGCAUUUCACCAAACGUCUUCCACAUCUUUUGACGUUAUCGUGUAUUUGUCAUUCUUUAGCGCUAAUCGCUAGAGACGCUUGCAAAGCUGCGAUUCCAGGUGAAGUUGAUGAAAUUAUCUCAGGAAUUCCGAACUUCGUCAAUGGUAGUCCUAAACGAUUGGCUGAAUUUACUGUUUUCCAGGAAGGUUCUAAGCAAAACUCUUCUAAACUUUUACGAUUUGCUCCGACAAGGUGGUUGUCUCGUCAAAUCGCAAUUUCUAGGAUUUUGAACAAUUGGGACGCGAUGUUUAAUUAUUUGACCGAACAAUCUCUUAUGAGUAGUGUUGCAGCUGCAACAAAAUUGCUAAAUGUCAUGGGUAAUCCCGUGACAAAAGCAUAUCUGCUUUUUUUAAAAUUUGCACUUGACUCUUUGGAAAAUAUGAAUGUACACUUUCAAGCCAAUGAAACAUGA